ACUGAGAGCUCUAGCUAGCUAAGCACAGAUAAAAUGGGCGGAGGCAACAUGCCAGAGUCCAAGGGAAAGGCCAUAUUUGUUGAUAAAAAGAACGAAUGGACCGAGACAGGACUCCGAUAUGCCUUCGCAGGGAUAUCAUGCAUGUGUGCUGCAUUCGUAACCAAUCCGAUCGAUGUGACCAAAAUUCGUAUGCAACUGGAGGGGGAGCUCAACUCUGCGAAUGCUAGGUCGGCUUACCAGCAGAGAUACUACAAGGGAAUAAUCAGAGGAGCGUUGACUAUCGCCAAGGACGAAGGAAUCAGAGGAUUGUAUAAAGGAAUCACUCCAGCUCUGGUAAGAGAAGCCAGUUACAGCUCCAUCAGGAUCGGUGCUUAUGAACCUAUCAAGCGUCUCUUUGGUGCUACAGACCCAGCCCAUACACCACUCUACAAGAAAAUUGCAUCCGGGGCUACAUCAGGUGCACUAGGCAGUUGGAUAGCAACCCCAACAGACCUGAUACGAGUUAGACUCCAAGCAGAGGCCAAACUAGAGCAAGGACAGCAGCCAAGGUACAGGGGCUUCCUGCAUGCUUUCACUGAUAUAGCUAAAGCUGAAGGUCUGAGAGGGCUAUACAGGGGUACCAUCCCCACAGUGCAGAGGGCCAUGAUUCUUACUGCUGCUCAGGUUCCGACAUACGAUCACACCAAGCACACCAUGCUGAACCUAGGUUUGAUGGAAGAGGGCUUGAAGUUACACAUCUUCUCGUCCAUGGUAGCCGGUUUUGUUGCAGCGCUAGCGACUUCACCAGUGGAUGUCAUCAAAACAAGGGUGAUGAACCAGAAAAUUAAAGAUCUUCCAGUAGAAAAGCGUGCAUACAAGGGCUCUCUUGAUUGUUUCUUAAAGACAGUAAAGUCAGAAGGUUUAUACGGUCUCUACAAAGGUUUCUUUCCAAACUGGCUGAGGAUAGGACCACAUACCAUCAUCAGUUUCAUCUUAUUUGAACAGCUAAGAAGGUUAGCUGGUAUAGACCCCAUUUAACAUAGGCAUGCAUUGUAGGUAGUCAGAAUAUAAAUAUAGAUAGAAAUAAUAUGCCUGCUCAGAGCCAGAAGGGCUUUAACUCAUACAGAGUUAUUUUUUAAAGAAAAUGCCCAUAAGGAGACUUAGGAUUUUAGAGAAAUUCAUAGCAACAUAUAACCUACAAGGGAUAUUUUCAAUAAAAUGCAGCAUUUCUAAAUUGUUUGUAACUGAGUACUAUUAGAGUCAGAGGUCAAAGGUAUAGAAUAGAGUUGAAGAUGUUUAUUAAAUGCCUAAUGGUAAUGGGGAGUUUAUUGUAAAGCAUGGUGCAGAAAAGUAACUUUGCUUGUACUUCUUGGGUAACUAAUUGAUAACAUGGUUUCAUUACUUCUUUUUCUUUUUACUUUCUUUUUCUUCUCCUUCUUCUCUUCUAUCUGUUACACUAUUUACCUCAAAAGGGUGGCUUUGACUAAGUCUUUCAAUGCAUUAUUUAAAGAUUCAUUUUGAAAUGCUACUAAACAUGCAUACCUGUACUGUUCAUGAUGGGACAAAGCAAAAGUUUUGUGCAAAACAUCAAGGCCUGAAAUAGGUUUUUGAUCGUACAAACUGUACAAAUUACACUGUGUGGUAAUAUAUCAUGAAUUUAUUUUUGAAAUAACAGUAAUGUAUUACAGGCAAACUUUAACCUUAUGCAAAAGAAUAGGAAGCAAGUUAUAGACUUUAUAUUUUUGUAUAUAAAGAAAGAUGUUGUUUAUAUUGAGUGCUCCCAAACAUAUUGUAGUUUGGAUAAAUAUUUUGGAAUCAUGAAUUGAAAAUGAAUUGAAAAUGAAUAUGUCUUGCAUUUAAAAUAUGUUUUUAGUACAUUGACAUUUGUGUAUUGUAGAGGUGUUAUGGUCCAGUGGAUAAUUCUCUGGACUAUAUACCACAAGGUACGGGUUUCAAAUCCCUGCCACAGCUCUAACAUUCUUUGGCAAGACGUUAGAUCUGCAUUUGCCACAUUCCACCCAGGUGAGGUAAAUGGGUACACAGUAGGAUUAUUGUUUGAAAUGCACUGUAAGCUGAUAACGACUGGCGGAGCUAAAGCUAGGAUAAUAAUUUCCAAUGCUCUUUGGAAACGCAUAGGGAUGUUUUAAUGUGAUGUGUGCUAUACCAGAACUACCUAUUGAAUAAUCUGUUGACAUAUAUAUAUAUUCAAUGCAAUUUAACCGAUGAUGAGAAUAACUUAUCAAUUACACUAAUAUUUAUUGCAAGACGGUUUAAUCAAAACUACCAAGAAGUGGAAGUGCACAUAGCAUCUAUAUUAAUUUUGUCUAUUCAAUUUAAUCAUCCACAUUCUAAAUACAUUCUCAAUCAAUCAUGGUAUUAACAUCAUCUCACAAUUCUAGUAGUAAAUAAAAUGUUCAUUUUUUGCUCUUCAAAUAAAAUGGCAUUACCUUUGUAUCACAGCAUUUCCUGUUUCUAUUCUACCUCUAACUUUCCUUUGAUAAAAAAACCCAACUGUUAUGUCAUUGACAGUUGGGGCUUUGAUAAAGCAAAUAUUUUUGGUAUUUAUCUGCAUGAUUGUAAUAAUACAAAAUGUUUGCUUUGUAUAUUACAAAAAUCAUGCAGAAAUGAUAUGUCAUUUUAUAAAUUGGAAUGAAAAUUUGAUUCCACAGCUAUUCAAAAUAAAUGAUCCACACAUUUCAAAUACAUUCUCUAUCAGUCAUGUCAUCGUUAGGGGCAUUUCACAGCGCUACGACUAGUAAAUGAAACAUUCAUUUAACAUUCAUGAAGCUUGCCAUGCUUCUCUAUCAGGGUUUUAUUUCUAUACUCUACCUCUCAUCCUCGGUCAAAAUGGUAUUGUUUUCCAUUGUUUUAUUUAGGCAGAUUAUAUAAAAUUCAAACAUCUAUAAUGUCUAGGGAUGCAGAAAAUGGUUUUAAAAACCUUGGUUUGCAUCCCAGAUAUUUAAACAAAAGUUGAUAAAACGCUAUUUACAGGCAAUUUCAAACUACAGUGUAUAUGGUCUUUCUGUGUCCCAUACUUCCCCCAAAUCAUAGAAUGAAUAACAAAUGAACAUUGAAACUGAUAUUUUUCCAUGAUAAUUUUGUCUGAACCCAGCUGUAGUAAAGCUAGCAAUUUGAUGCUACUAUAGGGUGUACUACAAUCUUUGAUAUGGUCAAUAAUGUAUGGGACAAAAUAUGUUGGACUUGCUCAUACAGUAAUUACAA